GACAAGGACUUUGGGAAGCAGACGCUCCACAAAGGUCACGCUAACCCCCUAGCAGAGGUCACGACCUCUCUGAAGACCUACCAGCACUUCACUCUGGAGAAGGCCUACCUGGGGGAGGACUUCUUCUGGGCCUUCACCCCCGUCUCAGGGGACUUCAUCCGGAUACGCUUCUUCACGCCCGUCCGCAUCGAGAGGUUCUUCUUCCGCAGCGGGCACAUGGAGCACCCUGGAGACAAACUGUUCAACACGUCUGUGGAGGUGCUGCCGUUCGACAACAUCCAGGCGGAGAAGGAGGCUCUGACGGAGGGCAGAGAGAGAACACCAAAGUAUCAUCGGACCGAGGACGGUUUCAUCCGGAUAGGAGCGUUCGGCGGGGGGGUGGCGGAGGGGGAGGUGGACGCCUCCUUCGGCCCGCUGGAGGCGAUGAGACUCUCCGUUCUGACAGACUCUCCAGUGUGGGUCAUCCUCAGCGAGAUCUUCAUAAAGAAAGCAGAGUGAAGCCCCCCCCCUCUCUUGGGCACAGCACCCCCCUUCAGAGACCCCCCCCUCUCUCUCUUUGGGCACAGCGCCCCCCUGUGGCUGCAGAGAGAAACUGCAGAGAGACUCUCAGAUUAACUGGAGACUGUAUCAAAGUGUAUUUAAUGUACAUAAAGGUAAACACUGAAACUGGAAACUGCUGCUACCCCCCCCCCCCCACAGUACUCUGUAUACAAGUACACACUACCAUAGGAAUGCCCUCUGUGUGUGUGUGUGUGUGUGUGUGUGUGUGUGUGUGUGUGUGUGUGUGUGUGUGUGUGUGUGUGUGUGUGUGUGUGUGUGUGUGUGUGUGUGUGUGUGUGUGUGUGUGUGUGUGUGUGUGUGUGUGUUCAGACCUUCGCCUUAACGGAGAGACACGAGCAGUUCCCAGAAUGCUUUGCUGCCUCGGACCUGAAACUGACGACGGCUGUUUUUUUAACGAAUCUUGAAGUGUAUUUUAUUUACUGCGGCCUUCACGACUCUCUCUCUGGUUUCAUCUGUACUGCAGUACUGAGAGGUACUUUAAAUACUGAGAGGUACUUUAAAUACUUUAAUAUACUGGGAGGUACUUUAAAAUACUGAGAGGUAGGCUACAAUAUUUCAAAAAUACUUUAAUGUACUUUAAGUUAUUUUUAUAUUGUGCAGUACCUUAAUGUUGAAAUUACUUUAAUUUACUUUAAAGCACUUUGAUAUAAUUAAAUGUACUUUACUGUAUUUUCAUUUAUUUUACAGUACCUCAUUGAAGUACAUUGAUGUACUUUACACUACUUUGAUGUACUUUGAUGUAGUUUACAGUACUUUAAAGUACUCUGCUGUACUGCAGUAUAUCACACACGUCAACUCGUCUCAUCUUCAGUCUCUCUUUCAGACUUUUGGUAAAAAAAUAGUAGAAAAUGAUAUAAAAAGAUAAAGAAUCUCCCCACAUGUGAAUGAGCCCUCCUCUUCAUCUUCUGGUAUCAUUCAGCCCUCCUCUUCAUCUUCUGGUAUCAUUCGUGUUUCCUCAGAUUAUUACGUUUGGCUCUUAAAGGUGGGGUAGGUAAGUUUGAGAAACCGGCUCGAGACACUUGUUGUUAUAUUCCAUGGAAUGCUCUGAACAUCCCGAUAGCAAUGAAUAUCUGAAGUGCUUUGAAGCCGUAGCACUGUGAAAAGCACGACCAAUCAUCUGAGCCGGCUAAAGUAACUGGAUGUCCUACCUGCCUGUCAGCCUUCCAUCUGUGCACAAACUCAUCUCGUGCCCUCAUUGGUCAUGUGCGCGUUCGUGUGUGUUGGAGGAGGGGCUCUGUAAGGAAGUGGCAGAUUUGUUCCGGCUGUGUAUUUUCAAAUUCUAGCGCACUCGAGCUGGUUUCUCCAAAUGUACCUACCCCACCUUUAACACUUUGUUUGUUCUCAAUGAUCGACAACCUUUAGUUAUGUUAGUUAGGAGUAUAAUAGUGACGUGACGUUCGCGAACGAACCGAGUCGUACCAAAGAGCCGUUCUUCUUAUCGUUGGUUCUCUGCCGGCCAUAAAUCCACUCGCCUUUACGGCAACCUGCUUUCCUGAAUGUUCCGUAGAUGACGGCGUAACGCGUGCUGCUUGAGCAGGAGUUCGGCUGCCUGAGAGAUGUAGCAAGUUAUACAUUUUUCUGUGAGUAAAAGUAGAUUCCUGGCAAUACAGUCACUCAUUAUCCUGGUGAUUAUUUCACAGAUAAACCUAUUAACCCCGCCCCCUAUUGCCCCCGCCCCUAUCAACCCCACGGCUCUUUUGAACGGCUCUCUAGUUUUACGACCUUUAGUUGACCUCCUGUUGUUUUUAUUUUUGUUUAUUGUUCCAACUUGACUUCUUAGGCUCAGGCCACACGAGGACGAAAACGGCUAAACGCAUAGGAUUAACGCAAUCGCAAAAAAGCUUCCGUCCACACGCAAUAUUCACCGGAUAGUGUCUGUCCACACGAGACAGCUCCGUUUAGCUCCAACCGCUGGAGAAGCUGCAGUACAUAUGCCGAGCCUGUACGUGGCGCUGUAACUUCCUCCACAGAAGCAGCGAAGAAGCAUGGUUGUCAUGGUUGCCCU